AUGGAAGCUAUAGACUUGAACGAUGAUGGUCAGAAUGAUGUGAUGGAUGAAUAUAUAGAGGAUCAUGAAGUUAUAGAGAUUUCAGAGGAAUGGAACCUCAACUCUGACUCGUCAUACGAAGAGCAUGAUCUUCCUUACAAGUUUGUAGAGUACAAGGGGAUUAUAAUGGCUUUUACUUAUGUUAAUUCCAGUAUUGAGUAUUGGAGUGGAAACACAGCAGCUUCUGAUGUGUUGAAGAUUUAUGAAAGUGAGAAGCAGAAACUUAGGAAAAUCUUAAAUGAUUUUCCUGCGAAGAUAUUGUCGUUCAUUGCUUUUCCUCCACCUCAUUCGGGAAUAGCCAUUGCUAUGAAGCUGAUUGAGCUGCUAAAGGAAUGGGGACUGGAAAAGAAGGUCUUAUGUCUCACAGUGGACAACGCUUCUUCAAAUGACACCAUGCAGAGCAUUAUGAAAAGACUGUUUCACAAAGAUCUGGUCUGUAAUGAAGAGUUUUUCCAUGUUAGAUGCUCAGCACACAUUUUGAAUCUGGUUGUGCAAGAUGGCUUAACAGUGAUUGGAGGAGCUUUGCAAAAGACCAGGGAGAGUGUCAAAUUCAUUAAAGCAUCAGAAAGUAGAGAAACCAUCUUUCAAAACUGUGUUGAAACAGUGGGAGUUGAGGAUGAUGAAGGAGGUCUGGUCUUAGAUGUAAGUACACGCUGGAAUUCUACUUUCCUUAUGCUUUCUAGAGCUAUAAAGUUCAAACACGCACUAGGUAACUUGGCGGAUGUAGAAGUGAGUUAUGUGAGCUAUCCCUCUUAUUCUGAGUGGAGGAGAGCAGAAGUGAUAUGCAAGUUGUUGAAGUCAUUUGCUGAGAUCACAAAUUUGAUUUCUGUGUAUGAAGCUCAAUCUACUUGUAAGAAAAGGUUGACUAAUGUUCGUUCAAAGAUCUAUAAGCUGUUUGGAGCUUACAAGAAAAACCAUAGAAUCAGUAGUGCUGCAACAACUUCACAAGGAGAAAUACACGAUGUUCCAGCCGGUUAUGGUGGAUUCUACGCCUUCUUUUCUCAGAAAGCUGUUGGCAGUGGCAAGUCUGCUCUCGACAUAUAUCUGGAUGAGCCAUUGCUUGACAUGGCCGCUUACAAGAAACUGAAUGUGCUACAUUACUGGAGAGACAACUCAGCUCGGUUCAAAGAGUUGGCAACAAUGGCACGAGAGGUUCUGAGUAUACCCAUAACAACCGUUGCUUCAGAAUCUUCGUUUAGCAUAGGUAGUAGAGUCCUUAACAAGUACAUGAGCUGUCUUCUACCUACUAAUGUCCAAGCUUUGGUCUGUACAAGAAACUGGUUAAAAGGGUUUCCAGCAAUGGGUUAG